AUCCAAAUUGGUUGUCAUCGUGGGUCCCUUCCCUCUCUACUUACCAGAAGCCUUCAAAACACUUCUACAGCUGCACGCUAGUACGAACGAGUCGGCAGGACAGACUGGACAGUCAGACGCGUCCGAGUCAGUGAUUGUUGUUGCUCGCUUCGUCUACAGUACUCUCGCAUAUAUAGGUGGGAUGGGCAUGCUGCGUGAUUUGCCCGUAGAAUUAUGGCGUCCGAUACUAGCGUCGCUGGUCCGAUCGCCUGGUGCUCUCUCUUCCGACCGACAAGAUCCAUUCUCUGAAGUUCGAGAUAUCGACAUAUUCUUGAACCGAGACAUGAAGACUCACUCAGCACUCCUUCUGGUCUGCAAAGUUUGGCAUAACGUUGUCACAGAGCUUGCCCAUGAGCACCUCCACUUGACGUCGGCAGAGCAAGUGUCUAUCAUCGCGAACCGCUUCGAAGAAAGCCGCAGGCGUUCAAAAAAGAAUCCUCUGGGAAACUGCACUCGACGGAUUGAUUUGCAGCUGUCCAACCCAUCCAAUCAAUGUUUAAACGCACUUGUGCGAAUCCUGCGAUGUACGCCAAACCUCGAAAUUCUAGUCAACAGCAACUACUACAUGACGAUGAAUCCAAAUUUCCACGUCACGCCACCUCAGGCUCAGACGCGAACGGAAAUUAUAGAUGCCCUCAUCAAAACAUGCUCCAGGUCACUACGACGAGUGGAGUGGACGUCCAACGAAUAUCCCUCUUGGAGUGACCUGAUGCGCGUGCUUCGAACAGCCACUGGCAUAACAAGCCUGACGCUCGCGAAUAUAUAUGGCAACCUCACGGAGAGACCAUCCCACCUUAUUUUACCCAACCUAAAAACGCUUAUUCUCGGGGAUAGUCCUUCAUUCUCGCACGCGUCGCUGGGCAACGUUCCCCUGAACGCCCUCCUUACCAUGCUCGCCAAGUCUCCGGAACAACUUCCGUCCCUGCAAAGGCUAGAAGGGUUUUCCCCCUUUAGUCCAGACUUCUUGCGAACUCACGGGUCAAAAGUGCGCAUUGUUCGCACCGUCGCAUUCACGCCAUUAUUGCCUGAAAUCAUCGCAACUUGUCCGAACUUGGACACCUUCAUCACUAUCUUUCCUCAUCACAUUCUGGAUCUACUAUCGCACCCUUCGCUGAAGAGGAUUGGCAUUUUCCCCAUCAGUGAGGAUCCCGUUGGCGUCCCGCAAGCGAUAUUCACCGCGUAUAUCAUGAAGCCACUAGAAGAUCUUUUGUGCCAGAUUGACGAGUCCCAACUUCCGAAACUGACACAGGUCCGGAUUCGCAACAUUGGGACUUUAGCCAACAUUACGGAACACCCCCAGUUUAUUCAGAGGUGGUGGAAACGUUGGGAUUCAAGGGGUAUACGUUUCGAUGACAAGGAUGGUCGACCGUUCAAUCUGGUGUCUUCAAGUACAGUACCCCUCAUUCAGUUAUCGCAUUACACUCAAAAUACCCACAGAUGACGACAGUGUACUCGAUAUC